CUCCCGUGUCAAUAUCCUUCAAUCAAAGCUAUUACGGUCGAAGAAGCUUCAUUUGUCGCCCGGUACUGGAGAAAUGCGUUCAAUUCCUCGGGUGGCUGUUCCUCCUCAAACAAGGGCACCCUUCGGAAAGUUCAAGAAGAUCUACCCACACCAUGUGAUUCUACGGCCUCUUUCCAUCCCAUCCCGAGAAGUCUUUACCGAAGAUGCUAGGAGAAGGAUUUACAUCGAUAAUGCUGGCAACAAUGCAAUGCUCCUCGCGUUUUACAUCCGUCGCGCAGGCUUGUCGUGUUUGUGCAAAGAGGGGACCUGAAGAAUAUGAGCGGGUGGGUGGAGGCUCAAAGUUAUCAUCGAUGGCAGUGUUCACGAAUUAGAGGGCGUUAAGAUGGAAGUUGUCCCCCGAAGCUAUAAUCGAUUGAAAGCGCAAGACUUCCAGCCUGUGCCACC